CACAAUGUUAAUAACAAAUUUGCACGAAACGAAACUCUAAUGACAUUGACUGGCAGACAGCUGAUUUUGACAGAAGGCUGUCUGUACGGCUUUUCUUUCGAGUCUUUUUUCAGGCCGAAAAAUCUAAACAAAAUAACAAUUUACCCUUUUAUAAUUUUAAAAUGGCAUUACGAAGAAUUUCUCCUAAACUAUUAAAGAAUAUAGGCCCCUACAGUAAUUUCAUGACGAGACCAUUGGCGACACAAACCUUCGAAAAGGAAACCGAGGGACCUUCAUCCAAACAGACUCACUUUGGAUUUCAAACAGUAGACGAAGAAGAAAAAUGGAAAAAAGUCCAUGAGGUGUUUGAAACAGUUGCGGAUAAAUAUGAUCUGAUGAAUGAUGCCAUGUCGUUCGGUAUACACAGAAUCUGGAAAGACAUAUUCAUGGCCCGGUUAGCACCCACGCACGGAACGAAACUCCUGGAUAUGGCCGGUGGAACUGGUGAUAUCACAUUAAGAUACAUCAACUACUUGAAGAACCUCAAGCCAGCCCCCAAAGACAAACAGAGCAGUGUCACUGUGUGUGACAUCAACCAAGCCAUGCUGGACGUAGGGAAGCUAAGAGCACAGAGACAGGGCUAUAGUCCUGCGUCGUGCGGCGUGGGGGUGGAGUGGGUGUGCGGCGACGCGGAGAGCUUGCAGCUCCCGGACGAGUCGUACACCGCAUACACUAUCGCGUUCGGCAUCAGGAACUGCACGCACCUCGAUAAGGUACUGGAGGAAGCGUACCGCGUGUUAGCGCCGGGCGGCCGCUUCCUGUGUCUGGAGUUUAGCCACCUUCCCAACCAUACGUUGCAGUGGGUGUACGACCAGUACUCGUUCCAAGUGAUCCCGGUGCUGGGGCAGCUGCUGGCGGGCCAGUGGAGGCCCUACCAGUACCUGGUGGAGAGCAUACGACAAUUCCCCGAUCAGGAAAAGUUCAAAGCCAUGAUAGAAGACGCAGGCUUCAGACAAGUCACCUACGAGAACCUCACCUUCGGCACCUGUGCCAUACACUCUGGCUUUAAGAUAUGAAGAAUCAAUUUUUAAUAGUCCUAGGUAGCAUUUUUAUAAAAUGAACAAAUAAAACAAGC